CGUUGCAUAUCAUUUGUAGAAUAGAGUGUUGAUAAUCACCCCCAAAUUCUCUCUCUCUCUGCCUUUCUUUUCCUCAUUUUUCUGUUUCUUUCUCACCACUGCUCAUCAGAAAUCGUAUAGGCCGUCUUUUGAUUUCACCGAAUUGAAUCCGCUCUUGCUGCGCUCUUUAAUUUUCAAUAGGAUUAAAAUGUCGUCUCCAAGCAAAAGGAGAGAUAUGGAUGUCAUGAAGUUGAUGAUGAGUGAUUACAAUGUGGAGACUAUCAACGAUGGACUUAAUGAAUUUAACGUGGAGUUCCAUGGUCCAAAAGAAAGCCUCUAUGAAGGUGGAGUUUGGAAAAUUCGUGUUGAACUUCCUGAUGCUUAUCCAUAUAAGUCUCCUUCUAUUGGGUUUGUGAACAAGAUAUACCACCCAAAUGUUGAUGAGAUGUCUGGUUCUGUAUGCUUGGAUGUUAUCAACCAAUCAUGGAGCCCAAUGUUUGAUCUAUUGAACAUUUUUGAAGUUUUUCUUCCGCAACUCCUCCUUUACCCAAAUCCUUCAGACCCACUUAAUGGUGACGCAGCUUCACUGAUGAUGAAGGACCGAAAACAGUAUGAUCAAAAAGUGAAAGAAUACUGUGAGCGAUAUGCUAAGAAGGAGAAUAUUGGGAACUCUACAGCUGAAGAUGAGAGUGAUGAGGAUAUUACGGAAGACGAAGGAAAUGCUUCAAGUGAUGAUGAUAUUGCUGGCCAUGCUGAUCCAUAAUGAUCUGUGAGGCUUGGAUUGAACCACUUGAUAUAGCACUGAUGUAUCCUUAUAACACCACCAUCUGUUCAAUUAUAUUCUAGUUGUAGCAUGUAAUACCAAGGGAUGCAAGAGAUGUUGCCCGCCAUAAAGACAGGAGUUGAAUUCACUUUUAAUAUAUAAGAAUAUGAGUGCCCAUAUUGAAGAUAAAGUACAAUAAAGUAGUUUUAACUUUUCUAUUGCA